AUGUCAGUAUUGCUUGAAACCUCAGUAGGUGACUUGGUGAUAGAUCUGUUUGUUGAUGAAUGCCCCAAGACAACACUUAACUUUCUGAAGCUAUGCAAGAUUAAAUUCUACAAUAACUGUCUGUUCUAUGAGGUAUAGAGGGAUUAUUUGGUAUCCACAGGUGAUCCUACAAACAAAGGAAGCUCAGGAACAUCUGUAUGGGGAGUGGCAUCUUAAAACCCCAAGUUGAUGUACUUUGAUGAUGAGAUUAGGAAGAACAAUCGAAAGUUUGACAAGAAAGGGCUAGUAGCAAUGGCCAAUAAGGGGCCUAAUAUGAAUGGUUCAGCUUUCUUCAUUACUCUGAGUGAUAAUGAGAUUGAGCAUUUAAAUAAUAAGCAUACUAUAUUUGGCCAAAUAGUCGAGGGACUUGAAAAUCUAGAUAAAAUUAAUAAGGCCUACACUGAUUCCAAGGGAAGACCAUAUCAAAAUAUUAGAAUAAAGCAUACUUUGGUGAUUGAUGACCCUUAUGAAGAUUAAGACCCUGAAGGUUUGGUUGUUCCCUCUCGUUCUCCAAGCCCUGUUGUGAUAAGAUCAAAAGACCUAGGCUAGGAUGAGUACCUAGAUGAGGAUUUCGAUGAGCGGCUUGAGGAUGACAUAGACUUAAACGAGAUUAUGAAGGGCAAGACAGAGGAGGAUCUUUAAAAGGAGAUCAUUGAGCAUCAGACUAAGACUAGAGCUGCAGUCUUGGAGAUAGUCGAGGAUCUUCCUGAUGCAGACAUCGAACCUCCCAAGAAUGUGCUAUUUGUUUGCAAGCUGAACCCAGUGACUUAGGACGGUGAUUUGAACCUGAUUUUCUCUAGAUUCGGGCCAAUCAAGACCUGCGAAAUCAUCAGAGAUUGGAAAACAGGAGACUCCCUUUAGUAUGCUUUUAUUGAAUUUGAAACAGAGGAAGCAUGUAUUGAAGCCUAUACUAGAAUGGAGGGUGUGGCCAUUGAUGAACGCAGAAUUCAUGUAGACUUCUCUCAAUCAGUAGCUAAGCUGUGGAACUCGCAUAGAAAGAAACAACUAAAAAUAGCUGCAGAUAAAAUACUUGAGCAUGAAGAAAUUCUCAGAGAUAAGGAGAAAAAGGUUUACAAUCUAUUUAACAACUACAAGGAUAAAGAUAACGGAAAGAAGAAGUCCAGGUCAAGAGAUAGAGAGACUCGCAGAGAUAGAGAUGAUCGCCAUUACAAGUACAAAGAUGAUAGAAGCAGUAGAAGAGAUAGAUCUAGAAGCAAGGAUGGAAAACAUAAAAGCUCGCAUAGAGAUGAUAGAAAACACAUACAUAGAGAUAGGAGUGAUUCAAGGGAUAGGAAAUAACAUAAGAAGAGCAGUCACAGUUACCGAAGAGAAAGGUCUGAUUCAAGAGAUAAAAAAAGCCAUAGACGAUGA